AUGGAUUACUGUAACGACUUUUUCGCCCUUGCCCUUAUGCUAAACGUCGCUCGAAAUUGUCCCCCGCGCCGAAGCCUUUUCCAUACGCCGAAUUCAGAUCUCAACUUGAUCGAAGAGCUUUGGCAAGAUACAUAUCAACUCCUUCAAAAACAAGGCAGCGCAUUUUGGGAAAGUACUAUUGCAGAGCACGCAAAGAGCUUGGCGAGGGAAUUGAUUUACAGGGCAUCUCGGUAUCAGAUCGUGUUUCUAUUAGGAAGUAGAUCGGGUCGAACAGAUUGGUUAUCGGUUUCAGCUUCAACAAUUUCUCGGAUUGAAGUUUUAGCUGGAAACAAGAAGCUGACAGAUCCAAAAUUGUGGGACGAGGCCUGGAACAGUGCCUGGAAGAAGAACUGGAACAAUGCCUGGAAGGAAUUUGGACCAACGACUCAGCUGCGCAACAGUGGCAGAAUUCAAGCCGUUACUGGUAUUGCUGGGGGCACGACAAUUUCCAUGAAUGGACGUGCUCAUAGUAGGGUAGUAGGAAGAAUUCCCAUCAAACUAGUAUUAUCACAGUCCAGUAGCGAUAUGGUUAACGCUAUUCUGGGUAGAGAUGAUAACUCCCACAGCUCAUUUGCACGUGACGAGGGCGAAGUUCCACACCCCCCUGGCGCAAACACUCCGCCAUCAUUUGCACGUGAUCGCGAAAGUAGUUAUGGACCUAUUUAUCGCUCAGCAAUCGAGCCAUUGAUAAGUAAUACUUUUCGUCCUUCGAACCAAGUGGCCAACCCGUACAUAAACCAUAUUCAUGCUGUCAGCAAGCUCAGCCGUGGUGUAAGCUGGAUAGGGAGUUCCUGUGUACUCUCAGGUUCUGGAGCACAUGAAAUUUGGGCGACACCUCAAGAAAGCGCGAUAGAGGCUGCAUGGACUGUGGCAUGGCCGGAAGGAGAGCGCCUAGGUCGAGAGGCCGCGACUUCGGUGGAGAGUGUUACUUCCAAUCCUCGUUCGUCUCAGAGCGGUGCCAAACCACGGAGGCAUACAAUGCACCCCAGCGUCGUAGGUGUGAUUCUGGCCACAAAGGCAGUUGCCCAUUUGGCUAUUCGAACCACUCGGUUGGUUCACACUGUAGUUGAUCGAGAUCAGCAAGUAUUAUCAAACAGCGCAUCCAAUAUCCCCAGCUCGACGACCCUUCGCGAGCAAGUUCCGAGAGAGCUUGAUCGAACGUCACACAUGGUCAAUAGCCCGAUUCGGGAGUCUCCUCGAUUCGGGAAGAGUGUUCCCGUCCUUUUAUCUUCAACGCCAAGUAAAACAUUGGUCUCUGGAAGUUCAAGCGGGGAAAUGGACCCCACAGCUCUUAAUACUGGCUUACGUUCAAUAUCAGAAGUUUCAUCUCAAGUACACCUACCUACUACCUCUAAGGCCGCACCUAAUAUGUCACCCGUGACAAUCUCAGGGGUAAUGUCCGAGCCAUUUGCUAUCCCAGAACCAGAACAAGCCACGGUUGGACAUACCCGUAAUUCCUACCCAUCCACUCGUCCGUCAAGUUCAGCCACAACACGGCAGCGCAGUGAGUCGGCAAGAAGGGUCCUUCGCAGACAUGUUAUCCCCCGCUUGUCCGAUGCUCAGCGAAACAGUCAACUGGAGGAUGCGUUUGUGGGUAAGACCAAAGAGAAGACGUAUCAAGAAAAGAAAGAUAAUGCUAGGCAAACUGCUUCAAAUAAAGCGGAAUUGAAUCGACAACUUGCUCAUGAGCAACUAUCCAAAGUCGACCCCACCAAGCAAGCUGAGCAAGCCUGGGAACAAAUGAUGUCAGUUUCCGGUACGGAUCAGUUUCGUCAAAACCUAAAUGUCUUAGCCAAACAAGAGUGGGAUAAAGUAACGGAAAAGUGCAGAAAAGCGCCUUUUUUAGCACCCGUGACGUGUAGCUCUAGGUGGGAGGAAAGUUAUGCAGAGAACUGGGCGAAAACUUGGAAGGGGACGUGGGGUGCGGCUUGGGAGACAUGUUGGGACCAGGCGUUUAAAGAAGCUAUUGUAAGAGGGAUAGAGUUUGGUGUAGAAGACGCUCUAGAUUCUGCACUGGGCCUGAAAAGGAGGACGUACGAACAACUUCGGUCGGGGGAGUCCUACAGCAAACUAAAAGACGUACUAGGAAGCAAAUCACCUCCUGAGAUCCUUGAACAGGUUUAUCAGUGGAUGAGAGAACUCGCUUAUCUUUCCGAAUCGCUCAACCAUAUAAUACCCACUCUCCGUGACGACUGCAUGGAAAUAAUGGUUUUCAAGAAAUUUAAGACCAGGGCCAUCGUCACCUUUGUAACAAACCUGGGGGUAACAGAAACAGAACCAACCCCCACACGAAUGUCACACUUUGAGCUCCAGACAUGGCUAACAAAGGAAUAUAUCCCUUGGAGAGUUGACAAUGAUGAUCAAAUACUUAAUGUUUUUCUGCAGGGAAUAGCAGAAGUUUGGGACUUGGUAUCAGAGCUUAGUUGA